CGAGUUUGAGAACCUCAGCUCCCUUCCGACUUCAGAGAGGCCGUCACCACUGUUCAAAGGGAGAAGGAGGAGGAGCAGAGAAAUAUCGCCAUAACUUUCUGCACUGAGUUUCUCCAGAGUCCUUCCAUUGAGACAAUACUGACAAAAUCAGAGCUCCAGGCACAGCUCAUGGAAUGGACCCAAGAUAAAAACCCCAUUGUACGUCGGCUCAGUCUGCGAGGCCUUGGCAGUAUUGUGCUCCAGCCAGAAAAGGUGCACUCGUUACGGGCCCAGCUGCCAGCGAUCAUGGACAUGUUCUGUGACACGGAUAGAGGGCGUGUCAUGGGAGCCAUGCAUCAAGCUGCAGACAUCAUCUACCUCCUGGAUGGGGAGGGGCUUGGCUCCAUCUCCCAGGACAUUGCAGUCAGCCUUCGCCCCUUCAUUGAUGACGAGAGGGACAGCGUGCGCCCGCUGCCAUUUUACUGCUUGGCAACGUGGUGA